GGGGAGUCCACUUCGCAAUAAGGAAAUUGCAGAGAAGCUGCUGCACUGUGUUUUCACAUAGGUGUAAGAUUUUCAUCUUGGCUAAUUAAAAAAUAAAAGCCCUUUACCUGAUUAUCUUUGAAAAGAAAAUACAUAAUUUUUACAGAAUAAAUUUUACUUUAUAUUUUCCCUUUUCUUUUCUCUGGGAACUUUAUGCUUCCAAAUAUGGGAUGAUUAUCCUCGCUUUAUAAAUAAUGCAAAAUCUUGUAACUAAGAGUGAUGGAUGAUGGACCUGCUGGGCAGGAUGGGAGAAGAAGGCAUAAGAAUUCAUAUAGCAGGAGCACAAAAGACAUAGGAGGAUCAUUCAUCUCAUGGAUGGAUGAGCCAUUGCUCUUUGCUAAUAAAGUGCUAGGGAGAGGUAUCACUAAAACAGUAACAAGGACUUUUUUCAUGACUUCAUGUAGUCAAACACAUAUAUUAAUGCACAUAAUGAGAGUCUAAUAAAUAUCUAUUGAAUGAGUGAACAUGUAAUAAGUAGAUUUUAUAGGUUUGUAUGUACAUAUAUUAUAUAUAUAUGCAUGUAUAUAUUCAUAUAUAUUCAAUAUUUUAUUUAUCUCACCAAAAAUAUAUUUCUUUCUCUUCUCCAACUUAAAAUUCUAUUCUUAAAACUUUGGAAAUAAGGAUUCCCUUUUCUUGAUAGAGCUUCGUGGGCUGAAAACUUAUCCAAGAGGUUUGGUUGGUUGGUCGUUUUAUCUGAUUUUAUUAAGGCUGUAAUUUUACUGAGUGGAACUAAGUUAAAUUACAUUGCAAUAUAAUUUUAUAAAAUAAACAGUAUUAAUGAGCCAAAAUUAUAACUAUCUUGACAGUCAAUGAUCUGGUAAUAUGCUGUUUCGUAGAGCCAAUUAAUAUUUUCAACUCACCCCACAAAAUUUGCUGGAAACAUCAAACUGGAAUGCAACUACCUUCCAAAAGUUUAUUUUUCUCAUAAAGAGUAGUAAUAAACAGAGUGGAAGGACGAGAGCACUUGGGUUCCUAGGUUUACAGACUGGCAAAGCAUGUGUAUUCUUACACAGGGUUGUAUAGAAAGUGUCAGUUCACCAAGCGUUCAUCACUUGAUAAGUGCCAGACACUGCAGACAUUCUUUGACACUUUAGUAGGCACAGCAAGGAAACAGACAUGAAGAGCAUAUGUUUUGUGGUGGGUGUUUCCAACUGGUUACAAAAUUCCCUAAUCUGUCGCCUUAUGAUAGAUAUUUCUUGACCAGGAGACAAUAAUGUCUUUCAUUCUGCAGUUAGAACUGGGGGCUCGAAUGCAAAUUCUCCUGGAAGAAGGAAUAACUCUUACCUGUGUGCAGUACUUAGAAGCUCCCAGGAUACAUUUCACAGUUACGAUUACUAAGCUCCCAGGUGCAGAGGAGGGCUCAGAAGCGUAGGGAAAGGACUUAGCAAAGUCACACGGAGGCAGAAGCCGGAUGAGAAUCCAGUUCCCCUCAUGUAUAUUGCCGAGUAUUUUCUCAGUAAAUUACACAUCAGUUGUUGCCCUAUAGAAGAUGCUUUAUAGUUGAUUAGGUGUCUCUGAAAAUAAGGAGAAAGCACAUGGAGGAAGCAGGAAAGAAUAAUUGAACCAGUUACCGUGGUGAAGGGUGCUAAGGACAAGCUGCAUAAUUAUGGCAACUACCCUAUUUGUAUAUUGUGAAAUUCAAACUAUAACCCUUCCACCAUUAAUUAGGUAUCUUUCUUUAUCUUUUUGCAGGUAAUUCAGGUCUCAGAAAGACAUCAUUCCCUUAAUGGAUCGUCUCAUGCCUCCCAACAAUGUGACUGAAUUUAUUCUCCUGGGACACACACAGAAUCCACACUUGCAGAAAAUACUUUUCAUUGUCUUUUUGUACAUUUUCCUAUUUACUGUGCUGACCAAUCUGCUUAUUGUCAUCACCAUCUCCUUCAGCCCCACACUUUUGGCUCCCAUGUACUUCUUUCUCACCUACUUGUCCUUUAUAGAUGCCUCUUACACCUCCGUCACCACCCCCAAAAUGAUCAUUGACCUGCUCUACCAGAAGAGAACCAUCUCAUUGGGCAGCUGCCUGGCUCAGCUCUUUGUGGAACACUUCCUGGGAGGGUCAGAAAUCAUCCUCCUCAUUGUCAUGGCCUAUGACCACUAUGUUGCCAUCUGCAAGCCCCUAUACUACACUACCAUCAUGCGACAGGGACUCUGCCACCUCCUGGUGGUUGCGGCCUGGAUUGGUGGGAUCCUUCAUGCCACAGUGCAGAUUCUCUUCGUGAUCAACUUGCCCUUCUGCGGUCCCAAUACCAUUGACCAUUUCAUGUGUGACCUCUUCCCACUGCUGAAGCUUGCCUGCAGAGACAGCUAUAUACCUGGAAUGGUGGUGGCUGCCAACAGUGGGGCCAUGUGCUUGCUCAUUUUUUCCAUGCUACUCAUCUCCUACAUAGUCAUCCUGUGCUCCCUGAAAUCCCAUGGCUCUGAAGGGCAGCACAAAGCCCUCUCCACCUGUGGCUCCCAUUUUACUGUAGUUGUACUUUUCUUUGUGCCCUGUAUAUUCACUUACAUGCGUCCCGUGACCACCUAUCCAGUGGACAAGUUGGUAACUGUCUUUUUUGCAGUUCUCACCCCCAUGUUAAACCCUAUCAUUUAUACAGUGAGAAACACAGAGGUAAAAAAUGCCAUGAGAAGUUUUUUGAAGACAAGAGUAGCUUAG